UGUCUGUUUACUUUCACUUUAGUUUCCAAGUUGUGACUCUUUUGACGCAGUUCAGCUUUCAUCAGCUUGAAAUUCCAUUAUGUCUGAUGCUGGAGAGGACAUAAAGGAAUUUCAGUUGUCUACAGGUGAUUUACAAUCCCUGGACGUCAACUCUGUUACUAACAUUCCACACUCUGACCUCAUCAAGGAAGGAACAGGACUGUGUGACGCGUCAGAGAAUUCUAUAUCACCUGAAAGUCUGGACAAUGGAGGCUCACAGACAGCAAGGUUAGAUGACAGCAAGUCUGGAGAAGAUCAUAUUCUAGGAAAUUCCAUGAUGUCUGAUGUUGGAGAGGACGUUAAGGAAUUUCAGUCAUCUACAGGUGAUUUACAAUCCCUGGAUGUCAACUCUGUACCUAACAUUCCAAACUCUGACCUCAUCAAGGACAAACCAGGACUGUGUGAAGUGUCAGAGAAUUCUACAUCACCUGAAAGUAUGGACAAUGGAGGCUCACAAACAGCAGCAAGGUUAGAUGCCAGCAAGUCUGGAGACAUACCAGAUACUGAGAAAUGUUCUGAACUUGGUAAUGGAGCUUUAGACGAGUCCAGUGAUACGAAGCUUGUUUCAGAAGAUGAAAAAAUUGCUGAAACUAAAAUAGAAAGAGGAAAUACUGUAACUGAUUCUAACCAAACUACUUCUAAUAUAUCUGAUAAGCCUUUUGUAGUCCAGUGUGUUGAACCAGAGCUUAAGCAUGAUUUGGAGAGUGGAAUGUCAGAUGCCAAAGAGGGGAGACUUUCUAAGAAAACAAAGAAGGAAGCUCUUACUGUUGAGGAUCGUCUGAAGAGACUAAAGCAGAUGAAGUCCAGCACGAUGUAUACUGACUUGGUCUGCCCUGUGUGUGAGGACACUCUCACUGAUCCCUGUCUUCUGGAUUGUCUACACUCCCUCUGUGCUCACUGUGUUACAGUGGAGGAACAGAAAGUAAGGUGUCCAGUCUGCUUCACUGAAACUGGUCUUUGUACUGUUGAUACAAGUCUAUUGCCAAAAAACACAGUCCUGGCAUCCCUAGUAGAGAAGAGGAAAACACCUGGAAGCAGACUCUGUGAGGUUUGCAAGCUUAUGGAGAAGGAGGCAGAGGCGAAAGGCUUUUGUGUUGAAUGCAAGGACUAUCUGUGCCAGGACUGCUGGAAUGGUCACAGAUUUACCAAAUUUACACUCAAUCAUGAGGUGAUAUCCUUAGAGGGAGCUUCAGAAGAAGAACUGGAUAAACAUUGUAGAGAGCAGACGGAACAUUGCAACUGUAGCAGACAUCCUGGAGAAGGACUCCGAUAUUACUGUAAGGGUUGUGAAGUGAAGGUUUGCACUGACUGCAUUCUGCUAGAUCACCAGAACCACCCUUGCAUCUCAAUCCAAGAAGCAUUUGAGAAACAAAAGAGAAAAUUAGAUCUGUUACUGAAAGGCGUUGAUGAUCAGAUUCAAAGGAUACAGUCAGAAGAUUUUGAAUCUGAAAUAAUUGCUGCAGAGCAGACAGAAGAAGCUGAGAUUGAAAAAAUCAAAUCAGCUAUAGAAAAGAUAAUUCAGGACUUACGACAGCAAGAGAGAGAAGCUAUUACAAGUGUGCAUGAAAACUUUAAAUAUCUGAAAGACAAAGGUCAGAAGAGAGAAAUUUCAGCAAAGGAACUGCUUUAUCAUUUAAAAGAGGCCAAAUCUAUCUGUGGGCACCUGUAUCCUUUGUGCAAUAGUGAGGAAUUUCCUGCUUUGGAGAAGAUAAUAUACAGUAGGCUUAAGGGGAUCCUAAAUACAGUAGUCAUCCCAGAAUCUCUGUCUUGGUUUACACCUCCUUCUGUUGAGUUAGAUCCAUUGCUGAAGACUGAAUACAAACUAAAGCCACUCUUCAAGGUAUCUAAUUAUGAAAAGUGCCAUGAUUGGACAGAGGACAUGCCAUGUAUUGCAACCAUGAAGAAUUUGCGUUGGGACAGGGAAUUGUGUGAAAAAGUAGGGCAUCCAGAAUGGUUUACAAAUGAGAGCAAGCUUUCCCUUGAAGAAUUAAGCAACAUUCCAAUUACAGAUGAGAAUCUUGAUGGUUUUAUAAGGGAGGGUGUAAUGGACACAGUGAGGUCUGUGGACACACAAAGUGAGAGUGGGAGCACAGUUAAUUCUGAGAAUUAUGAAGAUAUGGGGGCCAAGCCCAAAACCACUCCCCCCAAAAAGAAACGUGCACGAAAGAAGAAGAAUGCAGCUCUCUCCAUGGAAAACAUCUCACAACAAGGCCAGAUGGCAGAUGGAAUGAUGUCUGGUAGAUAUGACACAGAUUUCUAUGACACAUCUAUGUAUGGACAAAUUCCAGAUUAUACAGGAAUGCCAGGGGUAUACAUGAAUCCUUCUCUGUAUCCCUCAUACCAGAUUCCAGGCUACUUUCCUAGUGCAGGUUAUAUGAUGAAUUCUGCAAGUCUGACUUCACUAACAAAUAUUUCAAAGAAAGAUAAAGUUGCUGAUGGAAUGCCACAAAAAGCAAGCAAACCUGUAAAGGCUCAGACCAAAACAUCUAAGGAAAAGGCAAAACCCAAACCUGCAGUCGAGGAUUCUAAAGGCAAGAAGACAAAGCCUGCACAAGCAAAGCCUGUUAAUUCAACUGUGUCUAUAACUCCAAAAUGGAGACUAGAUACAAAAUGUUCUGAUGAUAAUGAAGUUCCCUUUCUUACAUCAGUACACCCAGUAUCAAACAAUAAACUAGUUGUUUCUGACAGCAGUAACAACAAGAUAAAGAUGUUCUCCAUUGAGGGACACUUUAUCAAAGCCUUUGAUGCCAAGCAUCCGACCAGUGUUGUCUUUGUAUCUGGAGUGUUAGUCUGGACAUCUGAGACCACUGUUGUCAUCAAGGAGCAGAAUGGGGAAUUUGAGAAAUUCAUCAAAUUCCAGGAGGAUCCCAUCCCCCGCCCCCUGUCCUGGUACCCCCACAGCCAUUUUGUGGUCUCCUGUGGGAACCAUCUCAGGAUUUAUCAUGUGGACAAGGAAAAACAGAACUUCACCAAGAAAAGUCGGCUCUCCUUUGAGCUUCCAAAGCAGAAAAAAAUGUCCAACAUCUUCUCUGUUAGAUCCAAUGGUAAUGGCAAGAAUAUAGUGAUGACUGAUUGGGAUUUGAAGGCAGUGGUGAUUGGAGAUAGCGAGGGCAAGGUCACAGGUAUGUUCACUGGAGAUCGUGGCAGUCCCUGGUAUCCAGGUGGUGCCUGUUUCAAUAACACGGGGGAGAUUUUUGCUCUGGACUACACACACAACCGUCUCCUUCUAUUGAACAGUGAAGGUCAGCUGCAGCAGGAGUGGAACACGGCUCCCACCAUUACCAAGCCCUGGUCAGUGGUCUGCGGAGCCUCUAAACAGCUGUUUAUAACCGGGAGUGACCACUACGUACAUGUCUACCAGUACUCCUAUGAUGACCAGGCUGCUUCAUCUACACAGUAACACUGCAAUCAUAUCAAGUUGAAGGUAUAUACACAGAGAAGGUACAUGUAGAUGCAGUUUUCGAAACAUGUUGCUUUUGGGAUUUUUUUUCUUUCAAAUUUUGAAUUAUUUUUUGUAAACAAUUACAUGUGUGUAAUGUGCAUAUUUUAAUUUGGAAUGAAAGCUUUUAAAGGAGAGUAAAUUUUUGGGGUCAUUUUGACUGCAAUAAACUUAAUUCUAAAAUAUUUGAUAUUGGAUUACUCACGUUAGGUUAAUGCACGUCUGUUUGUGUGCAAAAAUAUUUCAAAAGUGCUGCAUCUUCUGUAGUAUUUGUAGAGAUGAUUGCAACCAAUCAUGUAUGUAGAUUUACCAGCACUGGACACACUGAUCUUAUUUCAAUUCAAGUGUUGCACCUGUUUUAAAUGAAGAAUAAUUUGUUCAACUAUUUCAAAAUGUCACUCCUGCCUUAAAAUUUCUACAAUUAUAGAUAAGCUCAAAGUGUGAGUAUAUUAUUAAAAAUAUUAAAUAUGCCAAUGUUUUCAUAGAAUGACACUUUUUUUUCACUAUAAAAUGCACAUGGAUACAUUUUUAUGCCCCUGUAAUCUAAGAUUCUAGGGGUAUAAAGUUUUUGCCCUGUCUGUCCAUCUGUCUGUCUAUUUGUCUGCAAAACUUUAACCUAGUCCAUGACUUUUAAGUGGAUGGAGCUAUGGCUUUCAUAUUUCACAAAUGUAUUCUUUGUGAUAAGACAUUUCUUUUGGUAUCAAAAAAUUUAACCUUCUGACCUUGACAUUGGAAUUUGACCCACUUAAAUUACCAAAACUAUCUGAACUUUAACCACAGCCAUAACUUUUGAAUAAUUGGUGCUAGGACUUUUAUACUUCGCAUGUAUAUUCACUAUGACAAGAUUUUUCAUUGGGCAUAAAAUAUUGACAUUUUGACCUUAGAGAUUGGUCCACUUUUAAUAAAACUUUAACCUUGACCACAGCUUUUGAACCAUUAGUACCAGGGCUUUUAUAUUUCACAGAUGUUUUCCUUGGGAGAAGACCUUCCAUUGGGUACCAACAAUUUUGACUUUUUGACCUUGGAGUUUAACUUGCAAUUGAGAAAUUUUAACCCUCAUCGUAAGCUGCCAUUCAGGGCAUCAGUGUUUCACAAACACAUCUUUUUUGCUUUGAUUGUAAUAU